AUGGGUCCUUCGGGGCCGAUUAUACAGGUAAAUCUGAACCACUCGACCAGGGCACAGGAUCUCCUGAUGCAAACCGUGGUCGAGUGGGGUGCUGGGCUGGCAGUGGUGGCGGAGCCGUACAGAGUCCCCGAUCAUGCAUACUGGAUGGGGGACCUUUUGGACUCCGCCGCCAUUGUGUGGAGUGGAAGGCCGGGAACCCCGCCGCUGGCGCUGUUAGAACGCGGUAAAGGUUUCCUGGCCGUAGAUUCGGGAGGUAUCGCAGUGGUGGCGAUAUAUGCGCCCCCGAGCUGGUCCUUUGCGAUCUUCAAAGGGUAUCUGAGCGAGGUUGGGAGAUGCAUCUCCCGUUGCCUUCCUCGCCCGGUACUCAUCCUGGGGGAUUUUAACUCCAAGGCUCAAGGCUGUGGGUCCCUUGCGACCGACGCAAGGGGUCAUGAAGUUAUCGACUGGGCGGCUGGACUGGAGCUCCCUUUGCUUAAUACGGACUCCGUCCAUAUGUGCGUGCGGAAAAAUGGGGGGUCUAUUGGAGACCUCUCAUGGGCUUCCCCCGCAGCCGCGCGACGUUUCUCGGGUGGAGAGUGGCGGCUGAGGCCGAAUCGUUAUCAGACCACAGGUACGUGGUCAUCGGCCUCUCCGCCAACCAGAGUGCCGACCGACGCCGCCCAGUGGCGGCAAGGCCGCCACUGUGAUGGGCCUUCAAGAGGCUCGAUCAAGACGCCCUGA